CGAGAGUUCAAGUUAAUUCAAUGUUAGGUCGCGUGGCAGAAGUUGAUAAGUCGUCAAAAUUCGCUAAGUAUAAUACAAAUAUGUUAAUGCGUCAAUACGACUGGGUGUUUGGUAUGGGCGAGCGAGGAACUAAUAAAGUCCGUUUCUUCCAUAUUGCUGCUAGCACAGCUUAUACACUUCUCCCAAUUAUAGCAAAUAAUGUAGCCGCAGGUACUACGAUUGUUUCCGACGGUUAA